AUGUCAAAAGAAGCAAGUAGACAAAAAUUUGUUGAUGAAUUCCCAUCAUUGGUCCAAGAAUUGAGAGUUGUGCUUGAGGGUUAUGGUAUGCCUAAGGAGGCUAUUGAGUGGUACGAAUCUUCACUAAACUACAACACACCUGGUGGUAAGUUGAACCGAGGCUUGUCAGUGGUUGAUACUUAUGCCAUUCUUAAAGGAUAUGAGUCCGUUGAUGAUAUGAAAGAUGAUGAAUAUAAGAAGGUUGCUCUAUUGGGAUGGUGCAUUGAGUUAUUACAAGCCUACUUUUUAGUAGCCGAUGAUAUGAUGGACAAGUCCAUUACAAGAAGAGGUCAACCAUGUUGGUACCGUGUUAAAAAUGUCAAUGAGAUAGCAAUUAAUGAUGCUUUUAUGCUCGAGGCUGCCAUAUAUGUACUAUUGAAGAAACAUUUCAGAAAUGACUCAUAUUAUGUUGAUUUGUUAGAAUUGUUCCAUGAUGUUACUUUCCAAACUGAGUUGGGUCAAUUGUUAGACUUAAUUACUGCGCCAGAAGAUCAUGUUGACUUAUCUAAAUUUUCGCUUUCCAAACAUUCCUUUAUUGUGAUCUUCAAAACUGCUUACUACUCCUUUUAUCUUCCAGUUGCUCUUGCUAUGUAUGCCGCUGGUGUUAACGAUUCGAAGGAUCUGAAGCAGGCCCAAGAUGUUCUGAUUCCAUUGGGGGAAUACUUCCAAAUUCAGGAUGAUUAUUUGGAUUGUUUCGGUACACCAGAGCAAAUUGGAAAAAUUGGUACAGAUAUUCAAGAUAAUAAGUGUUCAUGGAUUAUUAAUAAAGCUUUGGAAUUGGCAAAUGAGAAGCAAAGAAAGAUCUUAGAUGAAAAUUAUGGCCGCAAGGAUUCAAAAUGUGAAGCUAACUGUAAGGCUGUUUUCAGUGAAUUAAAAAUUGAUAUUCAUUACCGUGAAUAUGAGGAAGCUGUUGCAAACGAGCUAAAAGAUAAAAUUAGUCAAGUUGAUGAAAGUCGUGGUUUUAAGAAAGAAGUAUUGACUGCGUUCUUGAAUAAGGUGUACAAAAGAUCUAAAUAA